AUGAAAGCACUCCGCAUUAAAACUCUGUGCACCUGUGCGAUCUUCGGCCUAGUAUACUGUUCUAUUUCGAUUUCUAUCUGGCUGAUGUAUACGGAUAAUCUAUCAGACGCGACAGUGGAUUUUGAGUACUUUGCAAUACAAAAUCUGGGCGAUCAGGGAAAAGAUGCCCAUUUGCAAAUGACGAAAAAAGACCUCAUGGUGGCUGAGCAAAAGUUCGCUUUAUAUCAAUUCAAUGCUUGGCUCUCCGAAAGAAUUCCGCUGAACCGAACUCUGGGGGACUAUAGGGAUGCGGGAUGUCGCAACAUCAGCUAUAGUUCGGAGAGAAAAGUCACAGCUAGUAUUAUUAUAGCAAAUCAACAGGAACAUCCACAAACUCUGCUGAGAACAAUUAACAGCAUUAAUGCGCAAUCCUCAUCAAAUAUAGACUAUGAGAUAAUACUGGUCUAUGAUGGAAUGGCCGAUAUAGAUGUGUUUAGGUAUAUUGCCUCCAACUUUCCUAUGGUAAUACAACUUAAAGUUGAGAAUUCAAAGGGACUCAUACACGCUCGUUUGGCUGGAGCUAGAAAAGCCACUGGUAAUGUUCUCGUAUUUCUCAAUUCCCACAUGGAGGUCACAAGAGGUUGGCUUUCGCCGUUACUGGAACCCAUCUUCUUUAACAAAAGAGCAGUCACUCAGCCCGUUAUGGAUGGCAUAUCCAGCGAAACCUUUGGCUACCAACGAAUGCCAGAGCCUGAGCAAAUGGCAUUCGACUGGCAGUUGGAGCGAAUCUGGUUGCCCCUGGAUAUGUACUCACUGAAGAAUCUACCAAAACCAUUCGCAUCCUCUCUACUGGAGGGACGUGUUUUCGCCAUAGAUAGCAAUUGGUUCCGGCAUCUUGGCGGAUGGGAUGAUGGCCUCAGGAACACUGGUGGCGAUGCCCUCGAACUCAGCCUCAAAGUGUGGCAGUGUGGCGGUCGCAUCCUCACGAUUCCCUGUUCUCGAGUGGGACUCAUCUAUAAACGGGAUGAGACAAUGGCUCAGACUGCUCCGAAUAGAAACCACAAUAAACAAGUCCGAAAAAAUUUCAAACGGGUUGUGGACGUCUGGUUCGACGAGUAUAAGCUUCAUUUUUAUCGGUAUAAUCCAAGGCUGCGAAAUCUGUCAUCUGAAUCAUUGGAUGGACCGCGAGAUCUGCGUCGUCGCCUAAAUUGCAAAUCAUUUGGAUGGUACAGAAGCCAAGUGGCGCCUCCAUACAGGAACCAUUAUCUUCAUGCAGGACUUUCCAACUAUGCGGUCGGUAAAAUAAUACCCUUUGUGGCACCAAACUAUUGCCUAGCUAUUAGAGCAGGAAUUCCAAUCAUGAGGAAAUGCAAUUCCACAAAAUAUGAGGACUGGACAUUGACGUCUCGCUGCCAACUGAAACAUGGUCAAAUGUGUCUGGAUGUGGACUCCAAAAAUAACGUGAAGGUGUCGAAGUGCACUAAAAAGAUACCGGACCAUCCCUGGCAGUACGAUUACCAGCACAGGUCCUUUGUCAGCAUUGGAAACAAGUGUCUGCAAAUCGGUUAUAAAACGGUUGAACUUAGUUUAAGAGCUUGUGAUGAUAAUGUGACACAGCAACGUUGGAUGUUCACUGGGGUGACGGACACAUCAUUAGAUCACACGAUGGAAGUGUGUUUAAGUAUUAAAGAUUAG